CACACAAGACAAGAAGCAGAUCAAUAUCAUGUGAUAGAUCCCCUCCAAGGCAGAUAUCGUAUUCAGGAUCUGACGUGCACACAAGACGAAGAAGCAGAUCAAUAUCAUGUGAUAGAUCCCCUCCAAGGCAGAUAUCGUAUUCAGGAUCUGACAUGCACACAAGACAAAGAAGCAGAUCAAUAUCAUGUGAUAGAUCCCCUCCAAGGCAGAUAUCGUAUUCAGGAUCUGACAUGCACGCAAGACAAAGAAGCAGAUCAAUAUCAUGUGAUAGAUCCCCUCCAAGGCAGAUAUCGUAUUCAGGAUCUGACGUGCACACAAGACGAAGAAGCAGAUCAAUAUCAUGUGAUAGAUCCCCUCCAAGGCAGAUAUCGUAUUCAGGAUCUGGCGUGCACGCAAGACGAAGAAGCAGAUCAAUAUCAUGUGAUAGAUCCCCUCCAAGGCAGAGAUCACAUUCAGGAUCUAGGUUGCACGCAAGACGAAGAAGCAGAUCAAUAUCAUGCGAUAGAUCCGCACCAAGGCAGAGAUCACAUUCAGGGUCUAGGUUGCAUGCAAGGCGAAGAAGCAGAUCGAUAUCAUGCGAUAGAUCCGCACCAAGGCAGAGAUCACAUUCAGGGUCUAGGUUGCAUGCAAGGCGAAGAAGCAGAUCGAUAUCAUGCGAAUCAUUGUCCAGAAGGAGAUCAUAUUCAGGAUCUAGCCCAUAUGGGAGAGGAAGAAGAAGAAGAUCGAUAACAGGCUCUAUUUCACCCAGACGUAGAUCAUAUUCAGGAUCUAGCCCAUAUGGGAGAGGAAGAAGAAGAAGAUCGAUAACAGGCUCUAUUUCACCCAGACGUAGAUCAUAUUCAGGAUCUAGCCCAUAUGGGAGAGGAAGAAGAAGAAGAUCGAUAACAGGCUCUAUUUCACCCAGACGUAGAUCAUUCUCAGGGUCAAACUCACUGGAAAGAAGACGAAGAAAAAGGAGAAGAUCAAUAUCAAGUUGUAUUUCACCCAAAAGAAGGCGGUUAUAUUCAGGAUCCAAAUCACAUGACAGUGAAUCGACAUCAGGGUCUGUACCUUCUACAAAUGAGAAAAGAAGAAGAAUUUCAACAUCAAGCUCCAGUUCUGAUUCAAGGCUGGAUACCAUGACAUUGGAUUCUGUAGACCCGGAGUUGUUUCCCUUUGUCCAGGAUGAUGAUAUGAAUUACUUUGGACGUGUGCUUAGAAGCGUCAAUUUAUCAGACCCUGGAAUCUCCCAGGCAGAAGUUGAAAAAAGGCGUUUGAUAGGAAUCGUGCUGAAGAUAAAGAAUGGACCACCUGCCGUUGCACAGGGGGCGACGAGAGACUUACAGAAUGUGGCCAAGAGGGGCAACUGCUGCAAAUUGUUCAAUCUUCUUUUACCAAUGAUUUUUCACAAAGACUAUCAGACUGACGAACACCAGAGGAAGCUAAUAGAAACACUUGAUGCUCUCAUAUAUAAGGCAGGACGUAAUGCACGCCCAGUCUUUGACCAAAUCCUUGACAAUGCUCAAGGAGGACUGUAUUCAACACAACAGGUGAAACAGGUCGCUUGCCGGAUCAUUUCCAAACUUACAAAGGUGUUCGGCUCAAUGAAAAUCCUGUCACAUCUUACACCAGAUGUAAGCUCCCCUACUGCUGUGGUUUCAAAUGCAAACAGUUACACUGUGGCCGUCAUAGCAAAGACUUCUGGUGUAGAGUCUGUCCUGUCGUAUGUCAAGACGCUCUGUGACAGUGGAGCGCCCGCUGUACAGGAAGCAGGGUUCGCCACCAUUCAGAGUAUUGUCUAUCAUACGAAGAAGGCUGCUCAUCCAUACAUCAGGCCACUUAUGGAACAUUUACAACCAGGUCUAAAGCGCAAGAAAUUCUCUGUAUGGAGACAGUGGGCAGAAGCUUUGGCAGCUAUUGCAACCAUGGCAACCAAGGAGGAUUACCCAGCAUUCUCUGCCAUAUGGGACCAUCUGUUAAGCAAAUAUCGCAGCAACCCACAGAUUGUGUCAGAGUUUGAGCAGUCAGCAGCACUCCAUAUCAUGUUCUUGAAGCCGGGUCUGACUCAGGAAGAGCUGGACAUGAUCUGUGAUUUGUUCGCCAUGUCCUGUACCAGCCCAGAUGACCGCAUCUCUGCACAGAUAUUGUGCCGAUUAAGUCCCAGCUCGCUUGUUGCUGAUGAUGUCUUUGAGGAGAAAUUCCUCCGUCCUUUUCUGCAGCAGUCCUUCCUUCCCGGUACGUCCAUGACAUCACAUGACCAGUUCUCUAAGAUUUGUGUGAGAUCAGCAAGGAGACUUGGUGUAGAGAAGAUAUGCACAUACAUCGUAGAUGGCCCCUUCAAACAAGACAGCUUCCUGGCUGUAACUGAUGCUCUUGUUGCCAUCUUGAAGAAACAUGGGUUGACUCAGGUCACAUAUCACACAGAGAGGAGAAUUGUUUUGGGAUUAAUGUGUGCUGGUAAAGUUGAAACAUUUCAGAAUGAUGACAAGAUUGUGAGCUCCAUGGAGAAGCUACUGAAGCUGCUGAGAAGAAGACUCUGUUUUCAUUCAGAGGACAUCAAACAGAUGCUGACUUCGACCACAUCUUCAUCUUCGUCCCCAGGGAGCGCCCUGAAUCACCUCCUGGUGAACCUCCAGGGGCUGUGCAGCCAAGACCAGCUGACCUCAGACCUAAUACUGGACGGAUGUGUGCGAAAAUAGUGUUUUUGAUGCCAUUGGGAUCUUCAUUACUGUGUUAAAACUCUUCAUGCAAUGUUAGAUCUAUGAUACUGCUCCAUGUAUUAGAGACACUAU